GAGCUCCAGAGCAACUGGGGGUUGAUUGCCCGUGACUUCGUGCCACUGUGUCUCUGAAUCAAGGUUGAGGAAGAACAAGCAAUCCUGUUUCACCUCUCUUUGGGGAUGAGCACUGAACCAAGUGUGUAACACAACCUCGGCCCAAAAAUUGUGGUAGAGCUGGCAUGAAAGGGAUGGAGCAGUUGUGCUGACACUGGAGCUACUGCCCUUCAUUCAUCGGAGGAAUGGAAGAAGAACAAAUUGAUUAAGGGAAGGUCCUAAGGCCCCAAGCCAUGAUUCUGGAGCCAGACUCUCUUGAUUUCUCCAUUCAGUAUUCAAGAUGAACCCCUGGAGAACAUCCUUUCUGAGCACUGGGCUGAUAUUCUUGGCAGUGGCAGCCACGGGAUCACUCAUCAAGCCCCAGGAGGGCAGUGUUGCUGGAGGAACCUGGAUUACCAUUCCUUUGGAUGGCUCAGCCUCCCACAAGAUAGAAUCUGUCUCUCCAGCCAGUAUGUCCCAGCUGGAGGUGUCCCUGGUGAAUCCAGACCUGCCCAGGCUGCUCUGUGAUGUCUCUCCUCUGUAUUUUGACUUACCCACUAUAAGAUGCAGAACAAGAUCUUCACCCCAGGAGGGUUUGUACUACGUGGAGGUGAUCUUUAAAGGAUGUGUGAUUAACAACCUGACUGGGCUGGAGAAAGAGAAUUAUUCUUUCAAGUUCUCUGCUGAGCAGACACCUGUGGUUUACCAAAUCAAUCCACCAUCUGGCAUCCCAGGAAAUUUAAUACAGAUUUAUGGGAAGACAAUCGCUGGAAGAUAUGAGACCUUCGACUUCAACAUGGAUUAUAUUGAUGGGCCAGCUACCCUUACAGCAGAAGGAGAUGGAUGGACCAGUCUCUGCUCUUUUGCUGACAGACAAGCUGGAAGCAUUUAUCCCAUUUGGGCAGAGGAUGGACUGGGGACCCUGCAGUGCCGGGUGGAAGGAAACCACAUAGGGUCCCACAACAUCAGCUUCUCAGUGUUUAACAAAGGAAAGUCAGUAGUACACAAAGGUUCCUGGCUCAUCAGUGCCAAACAGGAGCUUUUCCUGUAUCAAACACAUUCAGAGAUAACCUCCGUGUUCCCAGCUGGAGGGAGCCUUGGAGGGGGCACCGAUCUCACUGUCACGGGGGAUUUCUUUGAGGAACCGGUGCAGGUCACUGCUGCAGGUGUCCCCUGUAAAGUCAAGCAUGUCUCUCCCCAGCAAAUCAGAUGCACCACUGAGGCUGUAGGCAAGAACAGGAGAAUUAGUACCCCCCAGCCAGGAAACAGAGGGCUUCUCUUUGAAGUCUGGGAUGAUGCCUCUGAUCUGACAGAAGCAGGUCCUGGAUACAGAUGGCAGUUUGUACCUAAUGCCAGCUCCCCAGUAAGGUUCCUGUCUGGGGCAAAGAAGUCCUUCAGUUCCAGGCUUCGUGGAUUUUUUGUGGCUCCUCAGACCAAUAAUUACACCUUCUGGAUUCAGGCAGACAGUCAAGCAUCUCUCUACUUGAGUUUGUCCCAAGAUCCAGAACAUAAGGUGAGAAUUGCUUUUCUCCCUGCUGGCAAUUCAGAGUGGUCUGAGAACUGGGUGAAGAAUUGGAGUGAACUUUGGCAGCCAAAAUCCCAGAAAUUUGAGCUGACUGCUGGUUCGAGGUACUACCUGGAAGCACUACAUCAUGGCAAGACACCCAGCAACGGGAUGAGAGUUGGAGUCCAGAUACAUAAUACGUGGCUGAACCCCCACGUGGUGGACAGCUACUACAUUGAGAGACAUGAAAUCCGGGCUCAUGCUUUGCAUCUUCCAGAAGUGCAGAUGUUGACGGUGUCUGGUACAGGGUGUUUCAGUAUCUCCUGGAACAACACACUGCACAAAAUGAUCCCCACAAAUGCUACAGCUCACCAGGUGCAAAGAGCAAUAGAGGAACUCCUUUCAGUAGGAUGUGAGACUGAGCCAGCUUCUGCUAAAAUCCUUUUCCACGAUGGUUUUGAGAAAGGAGAUAUGAAGAACAUCAUCACCACAGGACACAUUGUCAGUGGAAUGGAGCCUUUCUGUGGGAGGUUCAGUGUUCACAGACCAAGCCAGCUGGUGAAAACCUCCCCAUCCACACUACCAAGAUACGACCUUACUGAAUAUACACAUGUGUGUUUUGCUCACAAAGGCCAUAUGAGUAACAUCCUUCUUAUCUCUGUGUCCUACACUAAUGUCUCAUCAUGUUCAGUGAAGAACUUCACCUGCCUAUGGGAUUUCAAUCACACUGACUCUAAAAGAUGGACAUUUACCUGCACUGACCUCUGGAAGAGGUGUGUGAAUCGCUCCACGCUUGUCCAGGACCUCCCUUCCAAUUCCCCUGUGUUUGUGCAUCAGAUAGACUUGCAAAAGGAAACAUCUGGGUCAUUUUACCUUGAUGAAGUCAUCAUUGCUGACAGAACUGUGACUGUUUCUCAGAGAGAUCCGAAACCCCCUCAGCCAGGUGGGAGGAUAAUUGAAUCAGUAUCUGUGGUGGGGUCUCCUCCAACUUACAAUGUGUCCUGGGUGGUGUCUGGCUGUGGUCCAAGUCUGCCCCUUCUCUCUCCAAGAGGUGCAAUGCUUGGAGAGGGCUCUAAGGAGUAUGGAUACCUCUAUGUCUCCACGGAGGAUGUGAGAGUCAGCCUCACCAUCCAGAGACUGCAGGAGUCAUCCCCACCUCUUGGAGGGACCUUCCACAUCUACUUGGCCAACACAAUGAUACCAGAUGUUUCAGUGCAAAUCUCCUCCCACCACCUUCGCAAGCUUUUGCAGGACAAUGUAGACAACUCCACAGCUCCCUACUUCAACACCAGUGACUUCAUCGUGACCAAGGACUUGAACUCGUGCUAUGAAAAAGUCUGGACUCUGACUUGGAAAAAAACAACUGGGGACUUGCCCAAUGUUCUCCGCGUCUCUGCCAAAACCCUCACUGGUCUGAAGGCAGCUGUUUCUACUCGUGUGGUUUAUGAUGGGGGUGUGUUUAUUGGACCCAUAUUUGGGGACAUACUUGCUACCCCCAAUAACAAAACACAGGUGGUGGUGGUAGUGAAUGAUGUCCUUUCAAACUGUUCUGACUCAUGCUCUUUCCAGUUCAGUCAGGAAUUGACACCCACAGUCAGUGAUGUGGAGUAUUUGUCAGAUGAUGGACCCCUGGCCACAGUGGUUAUCAGGGGAGAUGGCUUCACUGGGGAGAAACCAGCACUGCAGGUGGAGGUGAACAGCACGACCUGCCACAUCACGAUGUUGAAUGAAACCCAAGUGGUUUGCCAGGUGGAGAGGCUGCCAGUGGGAAUCUACCAGCUGGCACUACUGGUGAGGCCUUACGGAUUUGCACUCAAUGGCAGCACAGGAGAAGGGAUCCUCCUGAGAGUGGAGCCAAAGCUGGUCGCCAUCGAACCUCCUACGACUUCAGAGAUCGGAGGACUGAGAGUGGCUCUCAGGGGGACCAAUCUGGAAGGGGUAAAUGUGGUGUUGUUUGGCUCUCAGCCUUGCCCAGUUUUGGAGGAUGGCAGAAAUUCAACCAGAAUUGAAUGUAAAGUUCCUUCUCGGGGCACAGAAGAUACUGCUGCCCACGUGACAUUAAUUUCUGGGUACCAGUCAACAACAGUAACCAACUUGUUUCGAUAUGAUCCUUCCUUAAACCCUGCUGUUGUGUCCCUGAGCAGGAACAGAAGUGGCAUAGCAGGAGGGGAGGAGCUUCAGAUUGGGAUAUCCCAGUUUGCCGCCUACCGAGGUUUGGAUGUCAAGGUCCAAAUUGGAGACUCGUGGCCACAGAUCCAGGAGCAGACAGACCAUGGUGUUAAUGUGACACUUCCAGCCCUGGCUGCAGGGUGGCACAAUAUUUCUGUCACCAUCAAUGGUAUCAUUAUUGCUUCAAACAGGACUGAGCUGUUAAUCCAGUACCUCUCUGAGAUCUUCAGUGUGGAGCCGUGUUGCGGCUCCUUUCUGGGUGGAACACUGCUCACAAUCUCUGGGGUGGGCUUUAGCCAAAAUCCUACCCUGGUUUCUGUUUCAAUGAGCAAUCAAACCUGUGCAGUUACUCACUUGGAAGAAGAGAUAAUUUGGUGCCUGACCCCACCAGCUGCUAAUUUGUCUGAUGAAGAUUCACAAGACAUCUCUGUCAGAGUAAACGUUGUCAUCAGCAGCAGAUCACUUCAGUACGCUCUCUUGGCCAAAAGGACCACCACCUUUAACUACCAAAGAGCUUUGACUCCCCUUGUUACUGUUGUUGAAACAGAAACCACAGACAGCAGCCUACUCUUGAACAUCCAGGGGAUAAACAUCACUGGAUCUGUGGCUAAGCUUGGACACAGUGAAUGUCAACUUGAGUUUCAACGUGGCAACAAGUCUGCAAUGUUUUAUCAGUGCUCUUUGCCACUGAACAGCCUGGAACCUGGGACUUUCCCCAUCCAGGUUGUCCACAGGCAGCUGGGAUACGCUCACGUGACAGCAAGGCAGCAGGUCCUUACCAUAACUCCAAAGAUAACCUCCAUAUUCCCAGCAAAAGGAUCAGCCUGCGGUGGGAUGUUGCUCACUAUAUCUGGCAUUGCUUUAAAAUCCAGGAGGAAUUUGGUACAGGUCAGCCUGGAGAGUAAUUAUUCCUGUGAGAUCCACAAGUCUGAUUACAAUACCAUUAGUUGUGUUGUCCCUCCAGUGUCACAUCCUUUGCAUUCUCAGGGGCUGACUGAGGCAUCCCGAGCUCUCAGUGUCACAGUGACUGUCAACGGGGUCAGCAGUGUGUGCCUUGGGGACUGUACACUCCACCUCCAUGAGCAGUGGACCCCUCUGGUACAUUUGGUGACCUGGAAGACUAAUGGGACACUCACCUAUGUGACAAUCAAAGGACAGAGGCUGGCCUGGCCAAGCGACAGCCCCCUGGUACAUGUGAACAGCCACAAUGUCUGCAAGGUGACUUUCUGGAACGAGACCAUCAUCGAGUGCCAGACAGCCUGCCUUGCCCCAGGGGAGCACAGCAUUUCCCUAUCCAACAGGAAAAGUGGGAAUGCUUGCUUUAGGGAGGCAUCGAGGGUCCUCUCCAUCCUGCCCCGCGUGGAUCGGUUCUACCCACAAAACUUCAGCACCAACGGGGGAGGUCUGCUCACCUUGGUGGGCUCAGCACUGAAAGGGCAGAGAACAACUUCUGUUCUCAUAGAUCACCACCCCUGCCACGUCCUCAGUGUCACCUGUGCCACUCUCCAGUGCACGGUGCCUCCGGGUAACGGCACCAGAGCUCUGAGUCUGAAAGUGGAUGAACAUUUCUAUUACCUUGGAACAAUAAGUUACAGUGAGGAGUUUACCCCAGCUUUCCUUUCACUUGUUGCAACUGGUCUCCUUCUAACCAUGACAGUGUCAUGGGUCACAGAGAGGGACACCCUGCAUGUGUUUAUUGGAGACUUUGUUUGUAGUGGUGUCACCAUCACUGGCUCUAUGUUGCAGUGCUCAGCUCCUCCGCUCCCUGUGGGUGAAUAUCCUGUGCUGGGCCUGGAUAUCCCCAGGGGCUGGGCUUCCUCCAACCUGACGUUCACCUCUCAGCUGACAGUGACAGCUGUGAGUCACAACUGGGGUGGCUUGAGCGGAGGAGCAGUUUACCUGCAUGGAAGUGGGUUUUCCCCCGGGAAGACUUUGGUCACAGUCUGUGGCACCAACUGUGAACCUUUGGCCGAGAUGACCGUGACUGAGCUGAGCUGCCUUGCCCCACGCUUACAUGCUUCUUUGGCCACUCUCUGUGGCCUGACACCUUCUUCUGCUGACUGCAGAGAAGACAGAGCCACCUUCAUUGAAUGUGAUGUCCAAGUCACAGUGGGUCCCCACCAGCAGAGAGGAUCUGUGUCCUACCUCUAUGUCUGUGAGGACAGCCCCCCUCGGUGGCACCACAGGGACACCACCCCACCCCAGAGGUGUUUUGUUGGACUCUUUGCCAGCCCUAAAGUGGAAAGAGAUGAAGUUCUCAUCUAUAAUAGCUCCUGUAACAUUACCAUGGAAACUGAGGCAGAGAUGGAGUGUGAGGGAGCUAAUCAGCCAAUUACUGCCAAGAUUACUGAGAUAUGGAAAAACUGGGGCCAGAACACUCAGCUUGCCCUCCAGUUUUGCGGCCAGUGGGACGAGGACUCCAGCUGGCCUGCUGGCCACCAGCCGCGAGAUGGCGAUAACGUCACGAUAGAAGGAGGCCGGACGCUGCUGCUGGGGACGAGCACCAGCGUCCUCAACCUGCUGCAUCUCAAAGGUGGCAAACUCCUAUUUACUGGACCAGGACCUGUAGAACUACAUGCUCAUUACAUCCUGGUAUCUGAUGGAGGAGAGCUGCAGGUGGGAUCCCCUGAGACCCCUUUCCCUCACAGAGCACACGUCUAUCUCUAUGGAAGCAUCCAUUCUCCACCAUUAUUUCCAUAUGGAGUCAAGUUCCUGGCAGUGAGGAAUGGGACACUUUCCAUUCAUGGCUGGAUGCCCAAAGUAGUUUUCACACACUUGAAAUCAUCAGCUCAUGCUAAUGACACACAGUUAGUACUCCAGGAACCUGUUGACUGGGAAUCUGGUGAUGAAAUCGUGGUGGGAAGGACAGGCCUUGGAGAUGCCCAGCAGCAGGAAGAAGUGGCUGUUAUUGAGUCUGUGAACAACACAGAGCUGCACCUUAGAUCACCACUCAGGUACUCCCACAGUGUUGGAGAGGGAUGGGGCAAUGGCCAAGGUCAGCCUUUAAGUGCUGUGGUGGCACUGAUCAGCAGAAGGGUUGUUGUUCAGGGAAAUGUCACCCUGGAGAGGAUGUCCCACCUCAGAGAGUGUGCAAAAGCAGGUGUUACAAAAGGCAGCAACAAGUGCCUGUACAAGCGAAGUGAGAGGCAGCUGGGGGCUCGGGACCUGGGAGCCAUCGUGGUUGUGGAGGCUUUCCAGGGAGAGGCGAGUCGACUCCAGUUGGAGGGUGUCCAAUUCCACCAUGUUGGCCAAAUAUUUCGUCACCACUGCAGUGCCCUGACUGUUACUGGCAACACGUGGAUGGCAGACUCUUACAUUCAUGGCUGUUGUGUUUUGAACUCCUUUGGCCAAGGACUCCGCCUGACUGGGAUCUCAAACCUCAGUGUGGACAGCAAUGUUUUCUAUAACAUUUCAGGCCAUGGGCUUGUACUGGGUGAGGGACUGGAAGAGGGGAACAGAGUCAGUAACAACAUAGUGAUUGGCCUUUCUGGAACUGAUGGUUUAUCCAACAUUGAGACACUGUCACCAGCAGGGAUUUACAUCAGGGCACCUGCCAACUUCGUCAAGGGUAACACUGUGUGGGGUGCUGGGUAUGGUUAUUUCUUUCAUCUGAAUCCUGAGGGACCAUCCAAAGUGCCUCUCCUGUCCUUCAGUGAGAACACAGCUCACUCCUGCACGAGGUAUGGAUUGCUGGUGUACCCGGAAUAUCUGCCAGACAGCUUAAACAGACCUGUUCAGUUCAACAACUUCACAGCUUGGAGCUGCCAAGGGGGAGCACAGAUUUUCAGUAGCAGGAAUCUUGAACUCCAACAUUUCUGGGUUUCUUCUUGCAAAGACUUUGGCAUUGACAUCGUGGAGAGCCUGGGAAACACCUCUGUGUCUGACAGUGUUUUAAUUGGACACACUGGGCAAAAGGAGAGAACCUGUAUGUCAACAGGACUAAAAACUCCCAAAAGACACCAACUCCUCAUCUCUAACACAACUUUCAAGAACUUUGAUGUGGACACCUGCACAGCAAUCAGGACUUGCUCUGGCUGCUACCAAGGGCAGGGUGGGUUUACAGUGAGAGCUGAACAUCUGACCUUUAUCAACUCACCUUUCCAAGUGUCCUUCCCCUUCCCUCACUCUGCCAUCCUUGAGGAUCUCGACGGCUCCAUCACAGGACAGGAAGGAAGUCACCUCCUGCCUUCCACAGAUAUCCUUGGGGCAUCUUGCACAGCCAGUGCCAACUUCAGUCAAGCUUCUGGUGGCAGUGUUUGUGGCAGUGACAUUGUUUUCCACCGUAUGGCCCUUCAUUUAAAAGAGGCUCCAGACAUUCCCUAUAAUUUAACUGUGACUGACAGUAGGAAGAAGACAACCACAGUCAAUUAUGUCCCUGAUACUUUAUCAAACCUGUAUGGCUGGGUGGUUCUCCUUUUGGAUAAAGAGACCUACACAUUGACAUUCGACAACCCUUUGGUCAGCAAACAGCUCCAGUAUUCAGUGACAUUUAGCAGCUUCAAGACUGGGAAUUACUUGCUGGUGGAGCACCAGGAUCUUCCUACCCAUCUUGAGGUCGUGGUAUCCUGUGGGACAAGGACUGGAGAGCCACUCCAAUCCCUGCCUUCAUAUGGACAACACAGGAGCUGUGAUUGGUACCUUGACAGCAGACUGGGGAAGUUGACCUAUUUGGUCACAGGAGCUGACUUAAUUCGGGUCACACUGAAAGAGAAGGAAAGAGUGGCUUUACCUACCCCAGAUCCUUCUGGUGCUGUCUUGAAGUGGUCACACCCAGAGACAUGGCAUGAUGUGGGAAAAGGCUGGGGUGGAUCCAACUGCAGCAUCCCAGGCCCAGGGGAAGAUGUCAUCAUCCUGCCUAACCGGACCAUCCUGGUGGAUACAGUUCUUCCCCCUCUGAGAGGACUCUACAUCCUGGGGACCCUCGAGUUCCCCAGCAACUCCAGCAAUGUCCUGAGUGUUGCCUGUGUCGUCGUACUCGGGGGUGCUCUGAGAGUGGGUUCUUUUCAACAUCCCCUAGAAAGGGAUUUAAAGCUGCUGGUCCUUCUUCGGGCAUCUGAAGGGAUUUACUGUGAUCGUCUGGAGGGUAUAAAUGUCCACCCGGGGAAUAUUGGGGUUUAUGGACAGGUGCAAAUUUAUAGUGCUUAUCCUAAGAUACCUUGGACAUAUCUGGGAACUAACAUUGCCCCUGGAAAUGAAAGGAUUUUUGUGGAGGAUGAAGUAGAUUGGGAUCAUGGUGGAGAUAUUGUGAUCACCUCCUCCUCCUAUGAAGCCCACCAAGCUGAAUUAGUUACACUUAAAGAAGUCCAUGGUCAUAGUAUAAGAAUUCAUGAACACCUUCUGCACAGGCACAUUGGGCGUUCCCAUGACACGGAAGACGGGAGGCGCAUCCCUUUGGCUGCGGAGGUUGGACUCCUAACACGGAAUAUACAGAUCAAGUCAGAUGUGCCUUGUGCUGGGAGGAUGAUGGUGGGACAUUUCACAGGCUCCAGUGGGACAGAGUUUGAAGGUGUCCUUCAACUUUUAAAUAUUGAAUUUUUGAACUUUGGGCCUCCUCAGCUUUCUGCCAUUGAAUUCAGGAAUACAUCCCAAGAGUCGUCGGUGGUGUCAUCCAGCAUUAAUGGCAGCUGUGGAAUUGGCAUUAAAGCAAUCAUGAGCAGUGGGAUCUUGUUGCAGGAUAACAUGGUGUUCAAUACAGUCGGACCUGGCAUUGAUUUGGAAGGAAAAAAACACUCUCUCAUCAGGAACCUUGUUAUUCUGAGCAGGCAGCCAGCGGGUUUAUUGCACUGGGUUGCUGGAAUCAAGGUGAACCUUGCCAUUGGUACCUCCCUCUGUGGCAAUGCUGUGGCAGGUUCUGAAAGAAUUGGCUUCCAUAUCAGGGGCCAAGAGUGUUCACUAGAUGGAGAAUAUUGUAGUGAAAAUGUGGCACAUUCAAAUCUCCAUGGUGUUCAUCUGUACCAGGAAGAUGGAUUUCAGACCUGCACUAGAAUCACAGGUUUUCUAUCCUAUAAGAAUUAUGACUAUGGUGUCAUGUUUCACCUUGGAAGCAGUGUCAUCAUGGAAAACAUGGUGCUGGUGGACAACACCGUGGGUCUCAUGCCAGUGGUGCACUGUCUCUCUGCCAGGCAAUGCCACACGGGGAGAAGAUUCAUAGAACUUAGAAAGUUGGUGUUUGUUGCCACAAGCUCAACUUUUGACUGCCUCAGAGACAGGAUCCAGCCUCGCUCAGCUGAUCCAACAGCCAAGGAUCGACCCCCAUGCUCCCCGCUGAGAGGCCGUGUUGGGAUUUUAUGGCCUACGUUUACCACUGUUCCCAGCCGAAGGCCAGAGAACCCUUGGCACAAAACUGGGCAUUGUCCAAAAGUUCUGGGACUCAUGAAGCUGAAAGAAGUCACCUUUACUGGUUUUACAAAGAGCUGCUACAGUGAAGACAGGGAUGUUUGCAUCAUGUCCAAUGCUGAUCAUUUAGGCAUCAUGCCUCUCAUCACGGCUCAGACAUCAAGGAUGUUACAUGUCAAUGAGAAGGACAAGUUCUACUUUCAUCCAACAAGUGUACAAACCUCUGAAGACACCGUGUUCCCUGAAAAGAAAUGCAAAGGCUCAAGGAAGGCCCUUUUCAAGGAUUUGGAUGGAAGCAUCCUGGACCUAGAACCGCCUGUUUCCGUGUUCCCAAAGUCAGAAUUUGAAUGGACACAGUUCUACUCACAAGCUGGAAUUUACAGAGAUGACAGUAAGUGCAUCUUCAAGCCCUCAGUACAAGGCUACUUCUGCAAACAGACAGAUUAUGCACUUGUCAUCCUAGAAAAUCUGGACUCCAGUGUGGACAGCCAGAGACUGUUCCCAGUGGUAACAGUGACUGGCAGCUUUAUGGACACCUUCAGUGACAUGGCUUCACACACUUGGUGUUACCCCUCAGAGCAUCGUUCUACUCUAUUUUCUGUGCUGCCAUCCCCCGAACUCACCACGGUUUGCUUCCCAGACCUCCCACCUCUGGCUUUCAGACUCGUCCUCCUCAGUGGCCAAAACACAACCAGGCUGCCCAUGGCCAUAUUCUACAGUGAACCGCUCAGCCUUCGUGUUUUCAUUCAAGGCAAAUAUAUCUCUCCAAACCCAUCUUCUUUUUCACUGAAUGAAGGGGCAGGAGCCAAUUACUUCAGCUUUGAGGACAAUCUUCUCUAUGUUCUCCUCCAUGAGACUGAACCAGUAGAAAUAGUUGCUGGCCUUUCCCUUUUUGUGGCUUUCACUGUAACUGAGGCUGUUGGAGAAGAAGAUGAGGCAACUCUAAUACGUCGAUUGGCUGAUUUCUUGAAGGUUGACCAUGACCAAGUCAGAGUAGUCCAUCAUGUGCCGGGAGGUGAAAGCAUGUUGAAGGUAAUCUCAGCCAAUGCCAGCAAAAAGAAGUACCACUGCCCCAACAUGGCCUUUUGCACAGCCUUGCAUAGCAGAUACAGCUCACAGGAAGUGGGGAGGCAACCAGUGAGCACCCGAGCUCUGCAGCCACCUGAUACAGCUGGUCCAUCAAGGGUGCUAAUCAUUGAACUUGGUGAUCCACCGGGUCAUCCAAGAAGUGAGUUGACAAGUGACAGAUUAAAGAGUUUGGCAGGAACAAUUAUCAACACUCAUCAAACUGGAGACCUUCAGAGAAGCCUUGGCUUACCAGUUGAGACCUUAAUGGUGACUCAGGCUGGCUUGCUGUCCCCAGCAGAAGGUAACAGGAGAAACACGAGCAGACAACACUCAGAAACAUGUCUGUAUGUGAGACCCUACAAGAUCUCUGUUCAGGUGCAACCCUCAGAUGGAGAAAUUGAGAAGCAACUUCCUGUACAGCCAAAAAUCAUUUUCCUGGACAGAAAGGGUCAAAGAGUUGACAAAUUGGGGCCUCCUUCGGAACCCUGGGUUGUAUCAGCUCACCUCAAGGGCUCCUCUGAGGCUGUGCUGAAAGGGCUCACCCAAGUGCAGGUCAUAGAUGGAUGCGCAAGGUUUUCCAGUCUGGCUGUCUCCAGCACAGGUACAAACUGGAGACUUGUGUUCACUGUCACAUCACCUCCAGGGGCAAAGUUCACUGUGCUCUCUCAGCCAUUUUCCAUCUUCCCUGUCCCCGUGGCAGUGAAGGCCAGCAUGAUCCUUGUUGUCCUACUGGGCUCAGCAGCAUCUGCAUUCACCAGUGUUCUUGCAUUCUGCUGGUUCAAGAAGAGCAAAAGCAACAAAACAAGGACUGAACAGGUUGAUGUACCAGGGACCAAUACUAAGAGACCCAAAAAACAAACACAGCCUCCUGCAUCUCCCAUCAAGCCUUGCUACAGUCAAGGAGAAAAUGAAAAAGGAGUGCCUGUAGGAGGAGGUAUGGCAGGAACUGGAGCCAUGGGACGUGCCACAGGACAACUGGAGGAGCUGAACCUGCCACCCUGUGAAGCCAAGUCAGUGAGAAAGUUGAACAAUGUCCAGCGUAAGACAGGGGACAGACACCCCUUUUCUUCAACAAGGAAAAGGGACAGUCACCAACAGCCACGUGGAGGAAGAAUUCCUGGUGACCCUGUGGAACAUCAGCAGCCAAUUGCCCCGGGAUGCUCCAGCCAGAAGGAAGUCCCCAAACCUUCAGCUGGUUACAACCAGGAAAGAGAGGAGUCCGAAAGGAUGCCCAGACAUCAGAAUGAUGUGGGAGAGCAUGUUGCCAUGGUGGCAGCAGAGGGGUAAAGAAGUGAUGUGAGGGGGUGGACCACUAGCAAAGCAAGAUUUUCCUGGCCUGAAGUCAAUGGGGAGCUGAGUCUUUUGUCUCUGUGUUCAGAGAAAACCAUACACUUUAGGAUAGAGAACUAGAUGGUCACACGUACAAAUGAACCUGUUACCUGGGUCUGCAGCCAGCUGGGAGACUCUGGUCAUGUCUUUGAUGUUGACCUUCCUUAGCUCCCAAAACAGGGUGGGUGCAUCCAAACUACCUGUUCAGAACAGCCCUCUGACACCUCUAAAACUCUCUUCAAGUGUUGUUUGGGGGAGUGCUAGAUCAGCUUUGAGAUCCCAUUCAGGAGCAGUCAGGGAUUAGCCCAACAACUCAACAGUGUCUAGAGCAAUGCUGGUUGGUAUUUAUGCAUAUAUACAAAUAUAUGGAAAUUUUCCCCAUUCCUCCAACCAUACUUUUAGUUUCAUUCAAAGAACCUCAGUAUGUGCAUAAAUAUUUUCUUUUUUCUGAAGGGAAAAACCACAUUUAGUCAACUUUCACUGUGGCUACAGUAAGUGCUUCCAUACCUCCAUACUUACACCUGUGUGUUUCUUUCUUUUUUUUUUUUUUUUUUUAAUUAAAGUAUUUUACUGAGUAAAUCUCCACCAUGGCAUUGUCUUCUGACACCUUUAAAUCACUGGCUUGUUAUGAACACAACUCUUUAUGGAUAAUAAUAAUAAGGCUGACAUUCUUCAGUUGCUCAGAGAAUUCCUCUGUGCUUUGCUUUACUGAGCUGGAAGAUGAGGAAUGUUAUUAUGUACCAUAUUUAUGUACCAUAAAAUUCUUGGUUGCAAGGUGUCCUGGUGGCACCAGAUAAAAUUUAUAUUCCUCUGCAGAAAAAAUUACUUAAGCAGGAAGAUGAGGUUUCUGGACAGAUCAGCUGUGGAAGAAAAGCUGAGAAACCUUCAUUUGAAAAAAAAACAACCAAACAAAAUAAACCACAAAGCAGUUCAUUUCAAGUUGCAGGAGUUAAGGUGUAGAUUCUGGUCAGCAAACUGCAGUUUUCUAGGAAAGGAAAUAGAUUCUCUAGCAUUGGCUCCUGCACUAUGUUGUGUUUGUAAUCAUAAUUUUGGGGUGAAAUCAGACUGAUUCCAUACUGAGCUAGGCUUGUGGUUGACUGCACAGGAGAUUUUCUGGCUUAAAACAGUUGAGGAUGAGGGUCUUAUAUCAUUAGGUGCAGUGGAUUAGCCUUCCUGACCUCUUACAUGAUAUAGAAAAGCAAUUUAUUACAUUAUUUUUUUUGAGAGGUCAGAAUAUUAAUUUAUGUGAAUCAAGAAGGUAGAUCCCUAAGGAUCGUGAUUCAGGGUCCACAUAAAAAGAUAUAAAGCUUGUGAGACAUGGUCUGGAGACCAUUGUUUCCUCCACAGGUGAUACCUAGUUUUAGAUGCUUUCACGGGGCAAAAGAUCCUUUUCUCUCUCAGAAAUACAAUUCCUCCAUUCCCUGAACUUCCCACCCCUUCAGUGUUUCUACUCCCAGUAAGUGACUCCAUCACAUUCAAGUAGUAUGAAAGCAAAUAACAUAUAAUUACAUAUGUCAGCAUGUAUGCAAAUAAUAUUGAAUGCAAAUUAUAUGCAAAUAUCAUACAACCCUCUUUGGAGGGGAAAAAAUCAGAUAUAUUGGAAACAGUUAAGGGCUUUAAUUAAUCCUUUAGUUCAUAAUCCUUGCAUUUAUCGAUACUUUGUUUACAGAAUAAGUAAUGUCUUACUUAUUCUAAAUCUUUAACUGCAGCAAUAUUGAUCUUGAUUUCCCAAAGUGCUGUGUGUUAACUGAGUGAUGGAAAGAAGUGAGGAGAAAGUAGAACAAAACAUGGACACAAAUGGGUGCAAACAUGAAGUGAUUCCUGAAUACGUAAGAAUUGUAGGGAAUGUUGUGCAUCAGAAAAAAAACCCCACUGUAGUGAUCAGAGAGAAAGAAGAUGUGGUUGAGGAACGUGAUUAAACAUGA